ACUUCCCUCCACAGUAUCAAGAGGUAAGCACUCUCGCUCCCAACUUGAAGACGCUAUCGCUCGUACAAACGUCACUCAUCCGCGUUCGUCAUCUCCACACUAGAACACAGCGCAAAAUGUCUUCCGACACAUUCUACCCAACACCGCUUUCGUCCUCCACCGAGGACUUUCCUACUCCCCUUGAGGCUGCUGAGAAAGGCCUGAACCCCAACCCUGAGCCCCUCGAAACCGGCCUCUCAGACAUGCCCGAGCUCCCAGAGCUGACGCACCACGACGAAGUCAUCGCAGAACUGGAAAACAACAAACACGAGACGUUCGCCGACAAGGCCAAAAAGGCCGCUGCCGCCUCCUCCGCACCUGCCACCAACGGUGGACGGUCCAAGAGCCCCGGCAAGGGUAAAAAGGGCGCCAAAAACGACUCCUCCUCCGCCGCCUCCUCAGCCUCCAUCGUCGUCCCCGCUUCUGUCACCGACAGCACCCCAGCAGCGGCCCCUACCACCACGACCACCACCGCAAAGUCGUCGUCGGUAGGCGAAAAAGGCCCCACCUAUUCCGACAAAGCCGCCUCGGCCGCCAAAUCCGUCAACGGGCAAAUCGACGCCACGGCUGCAAAAGUCAAACGCUCUGUCAAAUCCGCCGCCGAGGCCACCUCCGCCAAAAAGAACGAGUUGGAAAAGGAGCUGAAGCGCGAGACGUCAAAGACCGGAAGGAACUGGCCGGGAAGCCUGAGGGAGGCGUGGGACGAGUACUGGCUUGUCGGGAGCAUUGUCGGUGUCGCGGCGGUUGCGGUCGGGGUCACCGUUGCGGUGAGGCAGCGGAGGGGUGCGGAUGUGUGGGCUUUCUUCAGAAAAUAGGGAUUUUGAGAGCUGUCAGUAACGCUUGGGGGCUUUGCAUUACGGGAUUCUUGCAGGGCCCGCCCGGCGUCGCUAGCGUUUGGCUUGAUGGGAAUUAUUUGUGUGGGGGCUCCCUGAUACCUUCUGUCUGUUCACAACCAAGUUGUCCGUUUCACUUUUUCUUUACGUAGGGUACCUUUGCCGUUUUUCUGAGAAUUUUGGGUAUUUUGUUCCCCCCCAUGAAAGAAUAAAGAACUUCAUAUCAUAACACUCUUGGUUUCGUUGUGUUUCCUGCGUGCAUUGGUUUAUCCAAAACCUCGAAUCUCCAUGUCUUUCG